UUUUCUCUCAACCUUUGGAUAGACCACAAGGACUUUUCCAAUUAAAGUAGUGGGCAUCUCAGUGCUUCUACAAUUUAGGAAAGGAACAUUAUGGAUCUUUCCUUCGUAUUCUUGAUAAAUGCAGUGGUUUUGAUAUUGGAACAACAAGCCUACACGACAUCUUCGUCAGUCCCAGGGUCCCAUGUUAACAGAAGCCCAUUGGUGAACCAUACUCCACAAAUCCAUCAUCGUGAGAGGCGCUGCUCCUGUGAAAACCUGAAGGACAAGGAGUGUGUGUACUUUUGCCACAUAGGAAUUGUCUGGGUCGAUACACCCAGUCAGGUCAUUCCCUAUGGUGUGGGUUCACUUCAGGUGCGUCUAAGGCGAGAUGCGAAACGGUGCCUUUGUGCAGACAAGAGAGAUACAAAGUGUGUGCAGUUUUGCUCUUACUUGUAUCUCCAACAAGAAAAAAAUAAUGUUUCAGUCAAAAGGUACCAUCCCAUAAAGUCCAAAGCACAAUACAAGUUUGGAUUCCCCCUGAGAUUGAGGAGGCACAAUCCAAUUCAAACAACCUGAAAUUGGUGGAGGAACAUACUGUAAUAAUUUACUGUAUGCCAUGUUAUUACUUUUUGGGAAGCAAGCCUGACCAUGUCUUAAGAUGUGUGCUUUAACUGUUGUUGUGAGUGGUUUACAAAGUACAAAAGACACAAUUUCUAAUGGAUUUUGGCAUGUGAUGAAAUGCUAGUUUCUCAGUUGGGACAGCAUAUAAAGCAAAUUGGACGAAGUGUAGGAGCGAGUACUCUUUACAUGUCAGUUUAUUGAAAAAUACUGUAAAAUCAUAAUGUUUUUAAUUGGCUUUUGAUACACAUACAGUAUGGUGUUUGAUGUUUCCUCAUAAUGUGUAUAAGUGAAUACAACAGACUUGUUCAUUUAAUAUUUAUUGAGGAUUAAAUAGUGGCUUAUUAGCACUUUAUCUUUGGUAUUAAACCUAUUAGUUACAGAGAGUUCAUUUUAUUUUUAAGUCUCUGUACAAAUUAAUUGAGUAUGUUUUGUUAAUUAAAAUUAUACAAAUAAAUAAAUAUAAAAUAAUUCAACAAAAAAAGAUAUGCACUGCUAUGACAAGCAGAUUAAAUUUAUGAAUAGAUGAAAGUUGAAUUUGGUUUUUUGAAGGGUUGAAACUGAAAUCAGUUUCAUUAUCUAAUGAAUUGACUGAAUAUGAAUUUUUAUGUGAAAAGGCAAAUAAUAAAAAUAAACUAAUGCUAGAAAUCAGUGAGAUUUUAUCCUGUUAUUUAAAUUGCAAAGACAGAAAUAUACAUAAUAUUUCUUAGAUGAAUAUGGCUGCAGUACAUAGUUUAUGGGUUUACUUUCUUGAAGUAAACUCUGCAGUGAUUUAAACUGAAAAUGACAAAAAAAAGCAGGGAGUGACUAUUUGCACUAGGUGUAAAUAGCACUUGCCACACAGUAUGGCUAUUCGCACUACAAUAGUCUGGUGUAAACACAGAAAAUGAAGACCCCCAGUGUUGCUGCAGUGGUGUGGGGGUUAACAGCAGUCUGGAUGUUCUUUUUUGUGCAGAUGAUCCAGGUUUGAUUUUGCCUUUUGUCCCACUUUAUUCAUCCUGUUUCCUGUCUCCACUUUUAAUAUUUCCUUUAAUACUUCUUAUAACUUUAUUGAAAAUAAA